GGCCACUAGAGGGCGGCGCAGUCACUGUUUUGAUAGACGUAUAGGAAGAAGGUGGACGCCGUCAGUGCGAAUCUCCUCAGGUCUCCAGGAGCCGGCUUAAUAUUAUAAUUUAGAACCAUGACGACUGCACCAUAUAACUAUUCCUAUAUCUUCAAAUAUAUCAUUAUUGGUGAUAUGGGGGUUGGAAAGUCUUGCUUGCUCCACCAGUUUACAGAAAAGAAGUUCAUGGCUGACUGCCCUCACACGAUCGGGGUGGAGUUCGGCACACGGAUAAUCGAGGUGAGCGGGCAGAAGGUGAAGCUGCAGAUCUGGGACACGGCGGGGCAGGAGCGAUUCCGCGCAGUCACUCGCAGCUACUACAGAGGAGCCGCCGGCGCUCUCAUGGUGUACGACAUCACCAGGCGAAGCACGUACAACCACUUGAGCAGCUGGCUGACUGACGCACGGAAUCUCACCAACCCCAAUACAGUGAUUAUUCUUAUUGGUAACAAAGCUGACCUUGAAGCCCAGCGAGAUGUUACGUAUGAAGAGGCGAAGCAGUUUGCUGAAGAGAACGGCUUGUUGUUUCUGGAGGCAAGUGCCAAAACAGGUGAGAACGUUGAAGAUGCAUUCCUGGAGGCAGCGAAGAAGAUCUACCAGAACAUUCAGGAUGGUAGUCUGGACCUGAACGCCGCCGAGUCAGGAGUCCAGCACAAGCCCAACGCGCCACAAGGCGGCCGGCUCUCAAGCGACACACAGCCUCAGAAAGAGGGCUGCAGCUGUUAAUGACCACAGAGGCUUCUUUCUCUCUCGUUCCAUAUCUCCCCUUCAAACCCACACCACAAUCUCUCUCUCUCUCUCUCUUUUUUUCUGUAUGAUCUGUAUGCUCCUCCCAUUCUGAUUGGCCAUGAGGGUAGAGUUUAGGGCUGAGUAUCUCUGAAUGAUGGAGGGUGGCAACAUUAGUCAGCUUCUGUCAUCCCCCCUAUCCCUCCCUCCCUCUCUUCCUCCCUGUGUCCCUCUUUUCCUCUCUCCACUCUCACUCAUUUUAUCUGUUCAUAACUCACACGGCCCAGUGCACUCUGCAAACAUUUACAGGAGGACGAAUCCUGCAGCGAACACUAAUGUAGAUGGAAAACGAAAUACUGAGUUUAUCAACAAACGGGUUGAUGUGCAUAACUGUAAAUGAGACAUCUUGUGUACAGGAGCUGUUUAAAUAGUGGGCUAAUUUAAAUCAAAUGAAAUUUUGAUAUGCGUUAUUCUCGUUUAAGUGGAAAUGAAGUUAAUGUUUAGACAGAAUCUGAUUUUAGAAUGUGCUUAAGAGAAGAUGCAUGAUAACCUGUUAUUGUACAUUUUUGUUAAAAAAAGAAACAGUUUUAAUUAGGAUUAAUGCAAUGUCACAAGUAACCAGUCACCACAUGUUUAUUCUUGUUUGUACCUACUCAAGACAUAUAACAAUAUACACAUACUAUACAGGAUGAAUAUUGUUAAACUAAUGAAAGCGCCAUUGUAAAAAUAAAAAAAAAAAUUUUUUUUUUUUGAAGGGGGGUUGCUUUAGAUACAAAAUGUUUUAAGAUCUAGAACAUUAAGAGUAAUAUAUUAAACAGGACACACAUUUGAGUCUGUAAAAAAAAAAAAAAAAAACAAUUUUUGCACUUUGUAGAUUGUUUUCAGUGGCUUAGAGCUUGUUUUAUUAUCUGAAUAGUCUUACAUCGUUCAACAUGCGAGGCAUCCAGUGUACUUAAAGAGUUCAGCGUUUGUUGGUCCAUGAUAUGUUCAACAUCCCUGUUUUUUUUUUUGUUGUUGUUUCUUGUUUUUUUUUUCUUCAGCAUUAUUAAUAUAAGAAACAGACCAGCACUAUCCAUCCCUGUCCAGGAAAAGUAGUUAGUCCAUAAGUGUAAUUACACCGUAUAUCAGCGUAUAUUUUAUGAUCCGGUUUAUCUUGCCUUAUGAUUUGUGUUUGUUCUCAUAUCUUCUUUUCUGUAAAUCUUGUUUGGGCUGUAAAAUGCAUCACGUAAACCAGUCUCUUAAACUUAACGCUAAAACCGGAACUAAUAUUAAUCUGUCGCACCCAUUCAGAAGCAUUCCUCUGCUGUGUAUAUAACUAUAUAACCUUUUUUUUUUUUUUACACUGAAUAUAGGAGUUAUAAACUGGAUUUGUGGUGUAAUGGGUGGAACCUUGGUUCAGCAUUAGUUUAAACUGUGUUUUGGUAAAAAGGUGGAUUCAUCUCAAAUUGAUCUUAUAGGCACCAGUUGAAUUUUUAACUGGAGGCACGCUACGCAAAAUACUGCCCAUAAAUAAGAAAUGCAACACCAACUUGUUUCACAUCACCUGUUUAGCGAAGUUUCAUUGGCAGACGUUUCGAUGGGACAAAAAAGACAAAAGGAAGCGUCCCGAAACUCAUUUUCCAACAUCUGUAAGGGCGUACAUGUGAAACGUUUUGUAAACUAAAGUUCCUUUGUUUCUUUAUGAAAACCCAUUCUCUUGCUUUUCUCCCUUAUGUCUCAUUGACAUAUAUAUAACCUUCUGCUCUGAAACUCUGAGGUAUGUCUUCUAUCAGUGGCGUUUGUAAUUAUGUUAAUAAAGACAAUGCUGUAGACUGUCUUUGA